CCAGGGCCAGAAGUUUGUGCUCAGGGGAAAGUUUUUACUUUCAACAGAGUUGAAAUCAGGGUUCAGCCAUCUGUCAAAGUGAAGAAUGGAGCUCCAAUGUCAAUCAGCUGCCAUGCUGAUAUUAGCAAAAAUACUGAUUUCCAGCUGAAGCAUAAUUUUACAAUUUUUAAGGAUGGGAAGCUUGUGUUUAUGACCGUAUCAGACAAAGAAGAUGCAUGGUAUGAAAUACCUGCAGCCAAAUCUUCAGAUACAGGAGACUAUGAAUGUACUGUGAAAGCAGAUGGAAAGCUGGGUUUCAGUAACUCCAUCUAUGUUUGGGUAGCAGGAAUGACCAAGCCAAUCCUGACUGCAGACAAAAAAGAAGUUAUAGAGGGUGAAGUUGUGAAAUUACGUUGUGAGCUGCCAGAAGAAGUACCUCCUUUAGAGUUCGUUUUCCGGAAGAUAAAGACAAAUUCAGCACCUAAGGAAAAACGUGUACCUGAACAAAACCAAAAUUUUUCUGAAGUGGAAUAUUAUGUUGAAGAGGGAGAUAAUAUUUUACAAUUUGAUUGCUUUGGCAAGAGACAAGUAAGAUCUGGAUGGGAAAGCUCACAACACAGCAACAGAACACUUGUUACAGUCAAGGAACCAUUUAUAAAGCCCACUCUGAUCACCAAGCCCUCGAAUAAUGUUACAGAGGGAGACCAAAUAGAAUUUGAAUGCUCAACUGUGGUAGCUCAAAUUCGUGACAUUGAAAUCAUCUUCCAGAAAAACAGAACAAUACUGAACAGUGUACGAGAUAAGAAAUUUUUGAAAUACUCUACAGUAGCUACUCAAGAGGACAGUGGUGAAUACCUGUGUAAGGUGGAGCAAGGAGCGGUGUCUAAAACCACCAAACUGAAUGUCUUUGUGUCAGAAUUAUUCCCCAGGCCAACGCUGUCUGCUUCUAUGACUAAGUUGGAUGAAAGUAAAGAUUUGAUUUUGAGUUGCAGCAUUAAUGGCGUUCGGAGAGCCAACUUCUCUAUAUUACGGAAAAGUCCCAGUGGAGAUGUCCUGUUGAAAAAUUCUAGAGUCUUACCAAUUAAAGUUAGUGUGAAUGAUACUGGAUUUUACACCUGCAAAGCUGAAGUAAAAGGAAUAGUCAAGGAGAGCAAACCUGUAAGGAUAAAUGUUUAUGCUCCAGUCUCCAAGCCAACUCUUUCUGUUGUCAGUGGCUCACCAGAGGUGGUAUUAGGGAAGCCUCUACAAUUAAUCUGUCAUUCAGUGAUGGGAACACCACCGAUAACAUUCACAUUCUACAAAGGGGAUGAAAUAAAGAAAAAUGUAACUAAUGACACAUAUGCUACGUUCUUGGAUGAAGAUAUUGGGCUAAAUGACAAUGGAGGAUACAAAUGUGAUGCUAGAAACAAUCACUCCAGUGGUGUGAAAACUAGCAACAUUCUAAAUGUCACAGUGAUAGUGCCAAUCAGGGAUGCCAGUUUGGGCAGUAUUCCGUAUGGAGAAGUAGAAGUUGGCAGUGAUACUGCUUUCCUCUGCUCUGUGAAAGAAGGAUCUUGGCCAAUUGACUUCAAGUUUUUUAAAAAAACUGAUCAUGAAGUUCUUCUACAUGAAGUAAGGGAAUAUUCAGACAGAACCAUAUGGCACAAGAAAACAAUGAAGAGGAGGGACACAGGGACUUACUAUUGCAUGGCUUCGAACCGAGCCAGCGUGGAUGUGAGGAGCCGUCCAAUAACCAUCAGUGUCAUCUUAGCAGCGUGGCAGAAAGGAGUCAUUGCUGCAUUUGUCCUAACAGCCAUGGCAGGAGCAGGAGCAGUCGCUUUGUGGUGGUUUUUGCGUAAGAAGAAAAAGGCUAAAGGACCAUCCAUGGAGAUGUCUGGUUCUGCCUUGGCUCCAAACUUGACAAGUGAAAAACUAACAAGACAGCCCAGUGAUGGAAACUACUAUUCAGGAUCAGGUUACAUUGAAGAUAAUGAAAACCACAUGAAAUCAACAGAUGAGAGUAAAGGACCUGACCUUGAGAGUGCUGAGGUGGAUUACACUGAAGUUGAAGUCUCCACGCUUGAUCCUCACAGAGCUCCUGAACAGAAGGGGACUGAAACAGUUUAUAGUGAAAUCAGAAAAACUAAUAAUGGGCUGAGCCCCAAGGCCACAAAUGUUCUGAAAUGUUCUCCAGUGAGUGUGAACUGGACCUAUAAAAAGCUGCAGAAGCUGCUGUAUAACCCUCACCUGCUCUGCCCAGAGGGUGACUAUCACACCACUCACCAGCCCUGGUUUUGGCACAACAGAAUGUUAUGCACCAGAAGGAUGUAAACUCCAGAUUCUAUGGAAAACAGGAACUCUAGAAUAUAUGGGCAUCCUGAUGCUACCUAGAAGAGUCACCUCAAAGAUCAUCUGGGAGAAGAAAACAAGCCAAGAUAGAAGAUGUUGAAGUAUUUCAAAGGCUUUGCAGCAGUUAUUUAUGAGUUUGCCAGACUCGUCUUUUCAAAGUUUAUUUCCUUAGGAGGAACAAUAGAGAUGUUCCCAAAGCAUUUAAUGGAAAAAAAUUAGGAAUAAAAUUCUCAUAGGAAAGUGGCUCUAGAAACCACUGACCCAGGUUCUCAUCUGUAAUUUCUCCUGCUAAUGCAAUUGUGCCUUUUUUGCCUCCAAUUCAUCAUGCUCUAAGGAAACAAAGGGGGAGCUACAGCUGAGGAAGUACAUUUCUACAAUGCAGCAACUACUGUGAUAACAGUAGGACAUUGAAAUAGCUAAGCUUGCUUUAAACUCACAAAGCUGGUUAUCAGUGCCACCACUGUGGCAGAACAGAGCUCAGCACAGCCUGGCCAGCCAGGCAUGUACCUUGACAUGAUCUUGCAGCUUGUGCUGAGCUCCCUGUGCUGCAGCAGCUGGACUGCUACCAGGCUUGGAGCCAGCUCAGUUAUAGCUCACGGGGAUGUGACACUGCAGGGAGGGCCUGAGGGAAGAGUGAGCUCCAGGCUCCCUAAAAACUUGAAUAACUGUCAGAGAUUCAGACUUUACCAAGUGUUUCUAUCAGAGGCACAGUCUUUAUUCUUAGCUAAAUUGCUUGUCCCCAUUAAAAGUUCUGAUGCUUGUUGGUAAAUUUGAUGUGAUGGUUCUUCAAGAAAUGAUUGUCCAUCACAGUUAUUUUGGCUGAUUCUAUGAAAAGUCUUCAUUGAGUGGAUAUAACACACCCAGGUCUGUGAGUUUGUACCUGAAAAUCCUGUUAUGUACAAUCCUUAUUCCUUUGAUUUUAGGAGAGAUCUGAAGUUGUACUUGUGCCCAGUUUCUCCAGUAUGGAAUUCCAUACCCAUCCUUUUUCUCUAUAGAAUGAUAAACCACUAACAUGGAUCUAGUUUGGACACAGAUCUAAUCCUGCAGCCCAUGUUUAUGUUGGCUGCAUUAGUUUAAAAAAAGAACACAAAUCAAAAGAGCAAAAAUACUGUCCCCAACCCCUUAACCAGCUGUGUUUUGACAUUGCAGUUGCUCUUUUUUUCUUACUUCAAAUUAAAUUCCUACAACAUCUGAGUUACAGGUAAGAAGGUUCUCAUUUUAAUUACAAAAUAGUGAAAAAGAGGCCAUGGGUUUGUAUAUAUUUAUAUCGUUACUGCUUUAAGCGUUGCAUCAAAGGUGCAAAACCAGCAAGAAACACAAAAGGGGUUUAUAUCCUCCAUUCCAAAUGUUUAAAAUUUCAAGCUGAAAAAAAUACUGAUUAAUAUCUCUAAUUUAUUGUUCCCUGUGCAAAUUUGUGCACAUUGUGCAAUUUAUUUUUCCCUGUGUUUGUAUCAUGAGCCUAUCACAACUGACUUCAUAGCUCUCUUCUGUUGACAAAUGUUCUUUCAGCAUCCCAUGAGUGUCCAUGCAAAUGCGUUAGUAUAAGAAAUGUGAAAAGGUAUUUUAAUAAAGAAAACUCUGAAUUGAA